AUGUCCUCCCAGGUAUAUGGCGUCUUUGUGUUGUUGUUGUUGUUGAUAUUUGCGUUGAUCACCUUACGAACGGCGCCAUGGCCAAAUCCAGACCAUUCACGGUCCUUCCCGACAGCAUCAUCCAUCUCCACAGCCAAUACAGCCGUCGACGGUCCCAAUGCUAUAUCUACCAACGAUAACCCACAAUUCGAGCUCGUCAUCUCUCACUACCAAGCGGACUUCAAAUUGAUUCAAGCCUGGACUGAGCAAAUCCGCUCGACACCAUACGUCAGUCAGCUGGGCAUGAAGUUGGUCAUUUACACCAAAAAUGCUAACGUAAAUCUUGACAUACUCAAAUCAGCGACUGGCGCAGAUGUCGUCCAGCAUCUCCCUAACCUCGGCCGUGAAGGCGCAACUAUCCUUCAUCACCUCAUUACUACAUAUGCCUCUCCAUCUCCCUUCAGUAUGUUCUCCCAAGACGAGCCGGAAUGGUCCAUAGAUACCGACACGGGCCUCCUCGAGCCCUUCCUCAUCGAUCACCUCACCCACUCUUUCCGUCCUAAUACUGGCUUUCUAGCCCUCAACAAAUGGAACGAACCCUGCUACUGCGGCAACUGCGGGGGCCGCGGGCAAUUCCCAUUACAAGUCGCCAUCUACAACAUGUUCGAGAGAGGUGUUUGUCACGAAAUGAGUUGGGUGACCCUCUGGUCGCAAUUCAUCGUGUCCGCGCAGCGAGUAAGGGAAAGGGACCUAAGAGCGUACAAGUGGCUUUUCAAAAUGAUGACCGCCCCAAAAGAUCAUUGGAUUCAUGAGGAGACGCAGCCGGAUUUUAUCAAGGAGGAGUAUAUGGAGGGGGAGAGCACGCCAGAUAAUCCGCUCUUUGGACACACGCUGGAGAGGAGCUGGAAUAUGAUUUUCAAUUGUGCGUUUCCGAAUGAUAUCGAGGAGAGCAUGAGGAUGUUGGAUGAGCACCGGGUGCAUUGCGUGGAUUGGAAGAUGGAAGGGCAGGAGAAGUGGAUGACUGUAGACGGAAAAAGUGAUAAGGAGGCGCAGGAUAAUACGCAACUAGAAGAAAGGACAGACGGUGAUGGCACCACAACAAGGCAGCAUAAGCAGGUGCAAGCCAUCGGCGCACCUGCCGCGGAAGGUCUUCAUCGUCACGCCAUCCCUCAACAUAGUCUUGAGGCAGAACCAUCCAAGACCGCCGCUCAAAAGAAAUCCAACAAGCCAUCGCCAGAGACAACACAAGACGACCACGACAUCCCCCUCCCCCAUAACUUCCAGCUCGAAGAAAAGCAAUCAACUAGGAAACCACCAGCCCACGCAACAAAAUCCCUAAUCGAAUGA